AUGGAUACAAUCGACUUUGAUCUCAACGAUGCUCUCAAGCACUACAUGUCAGACCCGGCGAGCAUCGCCACGCCAGAGGCCCACAGCGCCCUGUUCGACUGCGAGAAUGACCCCGAGGCGCUCACGAACCCUGUGGUCAACUCGGUGCUGAACCCCAUUGUCGACGCCGUCGCCGACAACCCCGACGCAAUCAUGCGAGCCUCCCACAUGGACUCGCUGCAAUUCCUCCUCAAGUUAGCCCCCAUUUCCCUUCACCCCUCCUCUCCCGAACCGACAUCGUUGGGACGCGAUUCUGAGCUAGUUGAAACUCCCAGAUACACAGCACACCUCCCCACCCACGCCCUCAGCAAGAUCUUCGACCUCAUCAUGAGCGGCCUGAGCGCCGAGGCCGACUCGGUCCACAGCGACAUCGACUCGCCCGAUGAGCAGGACUCGGUACCCCACCACAAGAAGCUCCUCGAGAUAUACGCCUUUCUCCUGCAGUGGACUAUUGCUGCUGUCGAGACAAAGGCGGCUGAAAAGUCCUCGGCGGUGCCUGCUUCCAGAGGACGUGGAAAGCCCAAGAAGGGUGCGGCCAAGGACAAGGAGGCAGCUUGGGAUUCGGCCACACAGCUCCAGGCUGCCCUGGAGAUUAUGUGCAAGGUCCUGAAGCUCAAGUUGUCCAAGAUCUUCCUCACCACAAGCGAGAGAGACACAUUUAUUGGACUCCUUACUCGGCCGGUCUACAUGGUGUUGGAGAGCGAGCAGCGGGUAAAAGCCACGACCAUCCGAAUGCACUGCUUCAAGGUGCUCUGCAUUGCUGUGAAGCACCACGGUCAUGCAUAUGCGGCGCAAAUCAACAUUAUCCAGAACCUCACGUACUUUGAACACUUGUCGGAACCCAUGGCCGAGUUUCUACACAUUCUGGCCGAGACAUACGACUAUCCCCAACUCGCUGACGAGGUCCUUCGAGAAAUCAGUAACAAGGAGUUCAACUCCAACGAUACACGAGGACCCAAGUCUGUCUCUUCUUUCAUCGCCAAGUUGUCCGAACUGGCCCCACGCCUGGUGAUCAAGCAGAUGACAAUGCUCGCAAAGCAACUGGAUAGCGAGUCUUAUACCCUUCGUUGCGCCCUCAUUGAAGUCUGUGGAAACAUGGUCGCCUAUCUCAGCAAGCAGGACGAACGCAGCGAGAACCACAAGUCUCAACUCAACGCAUUCUUUGAUGUUUUGGAAGAGCGCUUCCUUGAUAUUAACCCAUACUGUCGAUGCAGAACUCUCCAGGUCUAUAUGAAACUGUGCGAGCUUGCUCAGAAGUUCCCCAAGCGUCGUCAAAAGGCUGCCGAGCUCGCCUGCCGAAGUCUGGAGGACAAGAGCAGCAACGUGAGGAGAAAUGCUAUUAAGCUGCUUGGCACCCUCAUCAAGACCCAUCCUUUUACUGUCAUGCAUGGCGCUCAACUAUCAAGAAAGGAAUGGCAGGCUCGCUUGGACAAGGUCGAGGAAGAGCUGAACGCGCUAAAGCCACCCCCUGGCAUGCCUGGCUUUGGGGGUGAUCAGGCCAAUACGACCGUUGACAAUGAGUUGUUGGACGAGGCGACACAGAUUGGUUCACCUGAGAAGCCUAAGCCAAUGACUGAAGAAGAGAAGGUGGCUGCUAUCAAGAAGGCUCAGGAGGAGGCUGCCACGAGCGAGGCCAUUGAGAAGCUCACCUUGACCAGGAGGUACUACAACGAAGCGCUCAAGUUUAUCGAUGUUAUCCAUGAAGCCACUGGCACCAUCUGCCAGCUUCUUGGCUCAAGAAACAAGAGCGAGGUCAUUGAGGCUAUCGACUUCUUCGAGGUUGGCGACGCCUACAACAUUGAGCAGAACAAGGAUGGCAUCCGACGCAUGCUUCGCCUUAUCUGGACCAAGGGCAACAGUGAUGAGGGCAAGGGAGUUCAGGCACACCUGAUCGACUGCUACAGACGACUCUUUUUCGAGGCCCCUGACUCGUUCAGCCCCAACGAUGCGGCCAACUACAUUGCGCGGAACAUGAUCAGUCUCACAUCUGGUGCUACGCCUGCUGAGCUCACGUCUCUUGAGCAACUACUUGCGACCAUGAUGAAGGGCGGCAUGAUUCCUGAGGUUGUCAUCACCAAGCUGUGGCAGGUUUACGGUGUCCAGAAGCGCGAGAUUUCUCGCACUCAGCGACGAGGUGCCAUCAUCAUCUUGGGCAUGUUGGCGACUGCGAACCCUGAGAUUGUUGUUGGUGAAAUCGAGACGAUGCUGCGAACAGGUCUUGGAGCACACGGACGCAACGACCUCCAGUUAGCCAAGUACACCUGCAUUGCUCUGAGGAGAAUCAACCCCACAGGGCGACAGGCAAAGGAUUCGCCCAUCAAGUUUUCUCGUCUGCCCAAUGACCACGCUGUGUCGGCCAGAUUGGCUGCCAUCACCGAUGUGCCUUCGGACAGCAAGGAGUGGUAUGGAGUCGCAGAGCAGGCCAUCAAUGCCAUCUAUGCCAUCGCCAAGCACCCCGAUACCCUCUGCUCAGAUAUCAUCCGACACAAGACACGACAAGUCUUUGGUCAACCACAGUCUCGACCAGGUUCACGACCCGGGUCCCGACCUGGAUCUCGAGAUGAAACCAAGCCUAUCCCUGCCGCGGAUCACACUGUCACCCAGAACGAGAAGCCCAAGAAGCGCGACAACGCCAUUGCCUUGUCGCAGCUUCUCUUCAUCGUUGGACACGUUGCCAUCAAGCAGAUCGUUCACCUUGAGCUUUGCGAACUUGACUUCAAGCGCAGAAAGCAGGAGAAGGAGAAGCUUGCACCAGCCAAGUCCGACAAGGACAAGGAGGAUGCCGACGAGCUGGACCUGAUUGGAGGCACAACAGAGGAUGACUUUACAGAAGCUAUGGCUCAUAUUCGUGAGCGCGAGCUUUUGUACGGUCCCAACUCACUGUUGGCCAUAUUCGGUCCUCUUGUUUCUGAGAUCUGCGCCAACAACACUACAUAUGCCGACAAGGGUCUUCAGGCCGCCGCGACAUUGUGUCUUGCGAAGCUCAUGUGUGUGUCUGCUGAAUACUGCGAGACCAACUUGCCUCUGCUCAUCACCAUCAUGGAGCGCUCGCCUGACGCGACGGUGCGAUCUAACGCAGUGAUUGCUCUGGGAGAUAUGGCGGUUUGCUUCAACCACCUGAUUGAUGAAAACACCGAUUUCCUGUACCGUCGUCUGGCAGACGCCGAUACGUCGGUCAAGCGUACAUGUCUGAUGACGCUGACUUUCCUGAUCCUGGCUGGUCAGGUCAAGGUCAAGGGUCAGCUCGGUGAGAUGGCCAAGUGCAUGGAGGAUGAUGAUCGCAGAAUUGCAGACUUGGCACGGAUGUUCUUCACUGAGCUCAGCACCAAGGACAAUGCUGUGUACAACCACUUUGUGGACAUGUUCAGUCUACUGAGUGCCGGCGGUAACAUGGAGGAAGAGAGCUUCCGCCGGGUUGUGAGAUUCUUGCUCGGCUUUGUCGAGAAGGAUAAACAUGCCAAGCAACUGGCCGAGAAGCUUGCGGCGCGUCUCAGCCGAUGUGAGACGGAGCGACAGUGGAACGAUGUCGCGUUUGCGCUGGGCAUUCUACAGCACAAGAACGAGGAGAUCACAAAGUUGGUGUCUGAGGGUUACAAGAUGGUUCAAUCAGCGGCUUGA